AUGGCUCCAAAACCCCUCAUCACCCACCUCUACACGGCAGACCCCUCAGCACACGUUUUCAACGGCAAACUAUACAUCUACCCCUCCCACGACCGGGAGACCGACAUCGCCUUCAACGAUAAUGGCGACCAAUAUGACAUGACCGACUACCACGUCUUCUCGAUGGACUCAAUCGACGGUCCAGUCGAGGAUUCCGGCGUGGUUCUCUCCGCAAAGGACGUCCCCUGGGUCUCCAAGCAGAUGUGGGCACCAGACGCAGCCACCAAGGGCGGAAAGUACUAUCUCGUCUUCCCAGCCAGAGACCAGGAGGGUAUUUUCCGCAUCGGCGUCGCUGUCUCCGAUUCUCCCACAGGUCCUUUCGUUCCUGAGGAGAACUAUAUUCCCGGAAGCUAUAGUAUCGAUCCGGCUGUGUUUGUCGACGAGGAUGAGAAGGCUUACUUGUACUUUGGCGGUCUUUGGGGCGGACAAUUGCAGUGUUGGGAGAAGUCAGACUCGGAGGUUAAGGAGGGCGAUGAGAUGAACGGACUCGUCUUCAAUGCUUCCAAGUCCGGUCCCCAAGAGCCAUCCGGUGCGGGCGUGCCGGCAUUGUGUCCGCGCGUGGGCCAGUUGAACGAUGAUAUGCUCACGUUCGCCUCGCCUCCUCAGGAACUACAGAUUCUGGCUCCGGAGACUGGCGAGCCUCUUGCUGCUGAUGAUCAUGACAGAAGGUUCUUCGAGGCUGCGUGGAUGCAUCGAUACAAUGGGAAGUAUUACUUCUCGUACUCUACGGGUGAUUCGCAUUACCUUGUCUAUGCGACGGGAUCAUCGCCCAUUGGACCGUUCACGUACCAGGGCCGGAUUUUGGAGCCGGUGUUGGGAUGGACUACGCAUCAUUCUAUUGUCGAGUUCAAGGGGAAGUGGUACUUGUUCUAUCACGAUUGCGAGCUAUCUGGGGGUGUGGAUCAUUUGAGAUCUGUCAAGGUGCGGGAGAUUGUUUAUGAUGAGGAGGGAAAGAUUCACUUGGCAUCGUCUUGA